AUGGUUGCCAUUACUGGUUCAUCUUCAUAUAAUCCCAUCAUCACUAUCAAUACUACCACCACCAUCAAUGAAAAACUCACCCCUGCGACCUUCCCUCAAUGGAGAGCCCAAUUUGAAGCACUACUAAUAGGUUAUGAUCUAAUCGAUUUUGUCACCAGUAAACAUCAAUGCCUUGCCAUUGAUGGAACUAAGUCUGCCACCUCCAAAGCAGUGAAUUUCUAUUGGAUUCGUCAAGAUAAAUUAAUUCUCCAUGCCAUUCUUGUUUCCAUUUCCACAACAAUCACCUCAUUUCUUACUUCUUGCAAAACUUCUCAUGAGGCCUGGGCAGCCCUUACCUGUCUUUAUAAGGGAAAAUAUCGAACACGUACAAUGCAACUUAAGGAAGAUUUAACCUUGAGUACUCGUAGCAGUCGCUCUGUCAUUGAAUUCCUUCAAGCUAUGAAAAUAAUAGCUUAUGAACUUGCAAUUAUUGAUCAUCCUAUUUCGGAUGAUGACUUGAUACUUUACAUAUUGAAUGGCCUAGGUCCCGAGUUCAGGGACAUUGCAGCACCAAUCCGUGCUAAAGAAACAUCUUUGAAGUUUGAAGAAAUACAUGACCUGCUGGUUGGUCAUGAGAAUUAUAUUCGCCGAAUGGAAAACCAAUUGGCAUCCAACUUGAUUACUACAGUGAACUACAGUCACUGGAAAGGAGGCAUCUCAAGCAAUGAUCGUUCAUUCUCAAAUAUGGGUCACAGACACAACAAACAGGCCAUACAUCCAAAAGCUACCCCAAGUUCAAUUCAAAUGAACUUGCAGCAAAUUGUGCAACCUCCUCACAAGGAAAAAAUAAAAAAUGGCUUGUUGACUUUGCUGCAUCGCACAAGAUGA